AGAAGCAGAGCGUCAGUCAGUGCGCUGGAUGUGGAGAGAGGCUGCAGCACCGUCUCCCUCUCAGGUACCUCGCUCCUCCAUCCGACAGACACUCACCUGGAUCUAACAUAGCACAGACAGAGAGAGAGGAACCCUUCCAAACGACGUGUCCUCCACCCGAUGUGAAAAGAAGCGAGGGGAGCAGAUCCACACCAAGAAGAGAUGGGAGCGUUUCGGCUGCUGCUGAGGAGUUUGCAUUACAUGCUGGGACUCUCCAUCCAACUUAGUGUCGCCACGAGGCAGGCUGGACACGGGGAGGUGGAGAACCACAUCUCCGGGAACGCCAUGUUCACAGACGUGCCUCAUGACAUGACAGCCCAGAGAGGGCAGGAUGUGGAGAUGGCCUGCUCCUUCCGAGGGGCAGGGAUGCCCUCGUAUUCCCUGGAAAUCCAGUGGUGGUACAUCAGGAACCACCUGGAAUGGACAGACAGUAAACCCUGGACAACCAAUGAAGUGGCUCCAGAGGAGGAUAUGCCAAAGGAUGCUACAAAGAUAAGUGUUGUGAAGGUUGUAGGAAGCAACAUCUCCCACAAACUCCGCCUCUCCCGAGUCAAGCUGACCGACGAGGGCACCUACGAAUGCCGGGUCAUCGACUUCAGCGAUGACGCCGGGGCCCGCCACCACCGCGUCAGGGCCUACCUGCAGGUGGUGCCGCCUAGUGACAUCAUUGACAGCACGCACAACAACAACUUUGAGGCCGUGGACGAAACCAAGAGAGGAGUGGCAUUCGUAGACGGUGACAACUUGGAUUCUCACGGCAGUGGAGGGAGAGAGCACGCUCACGGCCACCACCACAAUCACGGGCCCCACCAGGAGCACAGCAAGCAGCCUUCGUCAUCGCCGGCUCACCAAGGCCGCAGCGGCAGCGGUCAGCAGCACAAGGCGGGCAGAGAGCUAAAGAAGAGGGACGUGGACAGUAACCACAGCCACAAUGACUGCACCAACGAGCCAAGCUGUGCGCUGUAGAUGUUUGCUCAUUACACCUGAGUGAUAGAUUACAUGAGGAUUGCAUAACAUGAUGUGCGUCACAGCAUUAAAAGCUAUUCUUCCCACACAGUACAGGCCUGUGCACGAAUCCACAAUCCUUAGACAUGAACAGUAUGGUUUAUUAGAGCACGGAGCUGUGGGCUGUGCAGGGAAGGUAGCUUUUUUUGCUGGGUCUGGGUCCGACUGCUCACUGUCUUUAAAGCCUGGCUUCAUGACAUUCAGCAUGGUGGGGGGGGGGUGACCUACCUGUUCCUGGUCCAAAAAAAAAGACUGCCCUCCUAUUAACCCACUCUUGUACUUUAUACACAAUCCUGCUUUCAUGCUCAAACUUCUUCCACUGUCUUAAGCUGUCAUGUGAUACUCCCUCAGAAAAAGCAUAGGCUAAAAUGUUACCUUUUGAAACUGGGUAUAUCCACAGUUAAAGAAAUUGUUCCUUUCCUUUGGAGAAUUUACUGAGUGAAAUUCGACCAUCAGUAAGUCUUUCCUUGAAAAGCAAAAGUUUCAUUACAUAUUUUUGUUCAGUAAAAUAAUGAUCAUGAAUAUGGUGCAAAGUUCUUCAAGGAUGAAUAAUACGUCCUUCCCCUUUCAGUUCAGUUGGAGUAAAUACAGUGGCAGUGUGUAGAGUAUGGGAUUUCUAUAACCAUGUUUGUGCAGAAUUCUAACAAGCCACAUUAAAGGCUGUAUUUCCCCCUACAGCACUUUUGAUUUUAUGAACAACAGUGCAACAGUGUGAUUUUAUUUUUGAUUCACCCCUCGUGCUGCAGGUUCGAUUGAUUCAUGGCUGUUCAGGCAGAGAAAUCAAUGGAUGUGUUCCAUCCACACAGAUGUUACCUUUUUGGAGAGCCAUGAAAAGAUCAAAUCCGUACGUCCAAAUUGAAAUUAAAAUUUUGAAUCUGGACUAGAAAGGAAUAGAAAAGACAGGAUCUUGGUGCAAGGUGGGUCUGACCCAGUGCUCAUCAAUCAUUAAAAAGCCUCAAUCCUCUCCACUACAAGCCUCUAAUCCACUCUGUAUAUAUGACUGUAUAAUAUGAAAUAAAGCGAGUGCAUGUUCAGCAAUUUUCUUAAAAAACUUUUUCAACCAACCAUACACAAGGACAGUGUGUUAGUUGAGGAUAUUUGGGUCAAUUAUUAGUCAGUUUCAUUUCAAAGA